ACAAAAUGCACAUCGCAUUGCGAAGUUUAGUGGUUGUGGCUAUUUUAGGAGGUGAAAUUGUAGUUCAAGGUGUUCCAACCGGGGACAGCAGUUCCCAGCUGAAGGUCGUUGAACAGUACAACAACCUGAAAGAUAGCGGGUACGAAUGGGGCUACGAACUGAGUGACGGACGGUACGCAACUCAGGAUGGUUAUACAAAGGAAUUGCCGGACGGGUCGGAGGCAUUGGUAAUAAGGGGGUCCUACAGCUACACUGCUCCCGAUGGUGUCAAGUAUACGGUUGAGUACUACGCAGAUGAAACUGGCUAUCAUCCAACAAUCAUUGUCGGUGACGAAGACACUACUGUACCUCCAGUUGGUUAUGCUCCAGAUUUUGGAGAAGAAAGUCCAUCAAAGCCCGGGUACGAUCAAGGAUUAGAUCCAAAAGUGCUUGCAUUUUACUAGGUUAA